AUGCGGUCUCAUGUGAGUGAAGAAAAUCCGACCUUCUGGAAGGGAGACUCGAGUGCAAGAGACAUCUAUGGUAAAACACCAAGAGACAAGCUAAAUGUACGAAAGAAGAUCUCAGACAGAGCACUCAAAAAAGCUGUCAUGGACGACAAGACUCUGAAUGUUCGGAGCAUGAGCGACCUAGCAGGGGGUGGAGAUGUUCAUCCGACUCCAAGGCAGAAACGAGCUGGUCACAUCAGUCUCCACACCAUUGAUCACCUCAUGGGAGCUGCGAUAAUGAAAGAAGAUCUACCGUCUCACGCAUUCAUUGAUGAAUCUCUCAAGAAAAAGAAUGCAGGUCAAGCAGCUGCUGUUCGCUCGAACUUGUGGAAUCCUGCGUCGUCCCGAAAUGUUGGAGCUUGCGAAGUUUUUAUUGGAAAUCACAAUGCACCGUGCAGCGUAUCCGAUGAGGACUUCACAGGGCUCAAGUCAAGAAGAAAGAAAGUCGAGACCCCUAACAGUUACACGGCUUCACAGGGCUUAACCCUGUCACAAACUUGCAUCGACCAUCCUCCUUGUUCUCGACCUGUAUCUGCUCGGCAGGUGCCGACAGAGUUUGGGCUGGUGGUUCAGCAACCGCAAGAGAGUGGUAGAGAAGGGAAGAAACUGUUUCCAAACACUUCGAUGGAGCAACAGAGGAGGGGAGGGAAGAAGAUGGUUCAAGCUUACGCUUCCUCUUCGAACCUGUCUGGUGCCAACUGGGACACCAGCAAGGAUGUGCAGUCUCUCCCACGACCGGCCACCUCAGUUUCCGCGUCUGCACCUUUUGCAACAGAUUUUUGA